AUGGAUGGGCUGGAAACAUCUGAUCACUUUGAGCAGACUACUACCGAGCAGAGCCCGUCACUUCUGACCAUCAUCCUCGACACCAAUCCAGCGGCAUGGUCUCUACUUGCCGACACUCUCUCACUGUCCACAGUGGUGGCGAACCUCCUCGUCUUCAUCAACGCCCAUCUUGCCUGCAACUACACCAACAAAGUCGCUGUCAUCGCCAGUCACCCUGACAAGGCUCAAUGGCUCUAUCCAUCCCCCGUCGAACAAAAAACUUCCGUCUCCUCCACACCGUCCAAGCGCACCAACGCCACCGAUGAAGACACCGACCACCCGUCCAAGCGCCUGAAGCUCAACGGCCCCGAGGAUCCAUCCACUAGCGACCUCUCAGGCUCUCAGAGCGGCAGCAAAUACCGCCCUUUCCGCCUGAUUGAAGAGGCUCUCCUCUCCAACCUUUCCAACCUCUUCAAUUCCACUACCCCAGAAUCACUUGCGACUUCGGGGAGCACUUCAACGAUGAUCGCCGGUGCCCUAACACUUGCACUCACCUAUAUCAACCGCGAAUCCACCGCCUACGCCGAAUCCAUCGUCGGCGUCGCCACCGAUCCCACAACACAGCAAACAGCAGACACCUCAUCCCCGGCCCGCCUGCAAUCACGGAUCCUCCUGAUCUCAGCCUCCCCCACCACCGACCUCGCCCACCAAUACAUCCCCAUCAUGAACUCCAUCUUCGCCUGCCAACGGCUCUCCAUCCCCAUCGACAUCCUCGCCAUCCCACUCCCCACAAAUCCAACCACCACCACCUCCUCCUCCUCCUCCUCCGGCACAUCAACCAACACCACCGUCUUCCUCCAACAAGCCUCCGACGCCACCUCAGGCAUCUACCUCCCCUUCCUCUACCCCCCAACCCCAACAAAGACAUCCACCUCACAAGCCCUCCUCACCCUCCUCCUGGGGCCCCUCCUCCCCUCCCCCCAAACCCGCACACACCUCACCUCGCCCACACUGAUCAACAUCGACUUUCGCGCGGCCUGUUUCUGCCACCGCCGCGUCAUCGACCUCGGCUACGUCUGCAGCAUCUGCCUCAGCAUCUUCUGCGAGGUCCCUGAGGGCCGCGAGUGUCUGACGUGUGGAACGAGGCUGGAGCUGGGUGAAGGCGUGGGCCGCGAACCGCGUGUCGUGGGCGGGAGGCGGAAAAAGAAGAAAAAGCUGCGGGGCUUGGGUGUGGAUGGGGCAGAGGGAACUCCGUCAAGAGUCGGGACGCCCGUCGCUGGGUAG